AUGUAUUUUCAGGAAAUCUCCACACUCAUCUACAUGUCUGCAGAUGCAGAACAAUGCACCAGAUGUUCUGAAGAUCAGCAUCCAAACAAAUUUCAAGAUCAGUGCAUCCCUAAAAAGAUCAGUUUCCUCAACUACAAAGACUAUUUGGGAAUCAUCCUGGCUUUCUUUGGCAUGUUUUUGGCCUUAACCACAGGCUGUGUUUUAGGAAUCUUCAUUAAAUUCCGAGAAACUCCCAUAGUCAAAGCCAACAACCAGGACCUCUCCUUCAUCCUCCUUACCUCCCUUCUGCUAUCCUUCUUGACCUCCUUCCUUUUCAUUGGUCAGCCAACCAAACUGACCUGCCUUCUCCGACAAACAGCCUUCAGCAUCAUCUUCUCAGCUGCCAUUUCUUCUGUCUUGGCCAAAACAACCACAGUUGUGUUGGCCUUCUUGGCCACAAAACCAGGAAGUAAAGUGCAAAGGUGGUUGGGGAAGAGCUUGGCCAACUCCAUCAUUCUUUCUUGCUCUGGUCUCCAAGUUGCCCUCUGCAGCAUUUGGCUGGGAACCUCUCCCCCAUUCCCUGAGUCUGACAUGCACUCACAAUCAGAGGAGGUCAUCCUGCAAUGCAAUGAAGGCUCUGCUGCCCUGUUUUAUAUUGCCCUUAGCUACAUGGGCUUCCUGGCUGCCAUCUGUUUAACAGUGGCUUUCCUAGCCAGGAAUCUGCCUGGGGCUUUCAAUGAAGCAAAGCUGAUCACCUUCAGCAUGCUGGUCUUCGGCAGCGUCUGGGUUUCCUUUGUGCCCACCUACCUGAGCACCAAGGGCAAAUACAUGGUGGCCGUGCAGGUCUUCUCCAUCUUGGCCUCCAGCACUGGCCUGCUGGGCUGCAUCUUCAUCCCCAAGUGCUACAUUAUCAUUGUGAGGCCUGAUCUGAACACAAAGGAGUAUCUAACAACAGCAAGAAAAGUAAAAAUGUAA